GUAACACAUAUUGUAUAAAAUAUGAAAGGUGUGAUGAGUUACAUUUAAACAGUAGGUCUCCAAUCGCAGAGUAAUUGUAAAACACGCUUUCCUUGAGAGAGCCUGUAUUGGAAAGGUGAAUUGCGAGAAAGCGUUAAUUAAUAACUUCUUGGUUUCAGGUUGUGUCAAACGGUGCUCAGUGAUUACAGCCAGGUCUGUGGCCGUACUGUUUAAGCUGCUGCUGCUGCUGACUGUAACCCUGAGCACGCACCGAGCGGAGGCGGGACGAGCACCAGCGACUCCUCCCGCGGACGCGCCGGGUCAGGCGCUCUGCGGGACACGGGGACGGACACGGGGACGGACAGGGGGACGGACAGGGGGACGGACAGGGGGACGGAGCCGCUCCCGCCGCUCGCUGGGGGCACCUCCCGCGCUCCAGCCCAAUUAUGGCCGCGCGCGGGGCUCGCGCGCCGCCGGGCCAAUCAGGCGGAGCGCGCGGGCGCGCGCGCUGUCCCGUGACCGCGCGCCCCCGCAGGCAGGGCGGGCCGAGCCCACGCCGCGGCUGAGGCGACAGGCGCGACAGCAGCGCGGCCGGGAUGGCGCGGAGCGGCGCGGCGCUCGGCAGGGCGCUGGCCGGCGGGGCCGCCGCCAGGCACUUGUCUUCUUGUGGUAUUCUGAUGACCAGAACUUCUCCUUUGCAAGUACCUGUAAUGAGCCAUACUUUUUCAAGAAAUUUCUUCAAUGUUGCCACACCACUAAUAAAUAAAAGAAAAGAAUAUUCUGAAAGAAGAAUAAUAGGGUAUUCCAUGCAGGAAAUGUAUGAAGUUGUUGCUGUUGUGGAGAAUUACAAACUCUUUGUUCCUUGGUGUAAAAAGUCAGACAUACUCUCGAAGCGGUCUGGGUACUGCAAAGCACAGCUAGAAAUAGGAUUCCCUCCUGUAGUAGAGAGAUACACAUCAAUUGUAACCCUAGUGAGACCACAUUUAGUUAAGGCCUCAUGCACAGAUGGAAAACUCUUUAAUCACUUGGAAACAGUGUGGCGUUUGAGCCCUGGUAUCCCUGGUUAUCCAAGGACAUGUACAUUGGAUUUUUCAAUUUCUUUUGAAUUUCGUUCACUUCUACACUCAAAACUUGCUACACUAUUUUUUGAUGAAGUUGUAAAGCAGAUGGUUGCUGCCUUUGAAAGAAGAGCAUCCAAACUCCAUGGCCCAGAAACCAGCAUCCCUCGGGAGCUGAUGCUGCAUGAAGUUCAUCAGACGUAAAGGGAAACUGUAACAACCACCUCACCUAUAAAUUUCUUUGUACAAAGUGCCAUGCUCCUCCUUUGGGGCAUCUAUUUCUUAUCUGAGCUGUGGGUGUGAUCUUACACUGUGCCAAACACACCUGCUCAGCUAGACAGAUAUAUAAUGUUCAAAAGCUGCAAUCAAGUGCAGCUUAAAGCCUUAUCAGUAACAGACACCUGGCAGCUCCUGUAAUCCAGGCUAUCUCAGGCUGCCGUUAAACGCCAAACGGCCCAAGCUCUGCCUUAGCCAAUUCUUAGCCAAGCUCCUGGGGUUUUUCAGCACUGUAACACAUUAACUCAACUUGGUGGGAACCAAACUUCACAGCAGCAGCUCAGCCAGCUCUGCCCAAGCAGAGGCCAACUGACACACGGGCUUCCCAGAGAAUGGCAGAGCUUGGCAACCACUGAGGAGUGGUGCUUUGAAUCCAAAUGAGUGGCAAAGGUAAGCUACUCCUGGCAUGACCAGCAACUGCCCUUGCACUUCCCCCUCAUUUUCAGGGAUGAAAUCCAUAAGGAGUACUGUAAUUUGAGUGCAGUAGUCUCAGCUAUAGCCAGUGGUUCCCAGUGGCCCUAUCUGGAAUUUGUAGUACAGUUGGCAGGCUGAACUUGUCCCUUUUACUCCUUCUGUUACACAUUGCACUUUGGUUACCUCCAUCUCAUCUAAUGCAAACAGAACACUUUAAAACAAGUGUUACCUCUGAGAACCAGUGCUGUCCUCCCUGGAGGCAGGGAACAAGAGGUCCUGCACUUCUCGCAGGCAAGCACAGCCAAAAGGCCAGCUGUCAGACAACCACACAAGAAAGCACCAAACCUUCAUUCUUCAAGGGUUUUCAGUACCAUACUCCCACUGUGAUAAUGCCAUCUUGAUUAAAUACGUGUUCAGUACGUCUAUUCCUGAAAUACCCUCUUCCCAGCCUCUGAAGAAACCAAGUGAAUAGGGUUGAACAGAUUCUAAAUCCUUACUUUAUACUGCCUUAUGUUACCAAAUUUCCUUACUGAAAUUAGGUGAAGCUUCAGGGCAGGUACUGAAGCUGGUCCUUUCUCUGCAGCAUAUAUAAUCCAUAUGGUUACUAGAGAAUGGCAUACUAAAUAACAUAGAAAAGUAUGUUUCAAAAUAAAGACAGCCCUGAAACAGUUUCA